AUGAAACAAUCAUCAUCAUACAGUACUUCAUGUAUACAAUCGGACUCCAUCAUUAAUGGAAGACGAGGUCAACAUGCACAAGCAGAAGACCUUCUAGAAAAUUUUCUCUUAAUUUGGCUUGAUCCUAAAAUCGAUCAAUCAAACGAAGAUUUUCGUAAUUCAAUUACAAAAUUGCGACAAACUGUUAAUACCAUUGAAAUAUUUCGUGAUCCAAAUGAAUGUAUUAAUUAUAUUUCCACAUUCGAAAACGAAAAAACUUUUCUCAUAAUUUCUGGUGCUCUUUGUGACAAUGUUAUGCCACGUAUUCAUCCUAUGUCACAAAUCUACUCAAUUUAUAUCUUCUGCCAGAAACAAUCACAAUAUGACCAAUGGGCAAAGAAAGAUGAUUGGUCCAAAGUAAAAGGUAUUUUUACAGUAAUCGAUUCGAUUUGUGAUUCUGUUCGACAAUCUGCUCGAGAAUGUGACGAAGAUUCUAUCGUAAUUAGUGGUCAAAUCGAACCAUCGUUCAUGUAUACAGUGCUUUUCAAAGAAAUUAUUCUUGAAAUUAAGUUCGAUGAGACGAAAGAAACCAAAGAUCUUGCUGAAUAUGCUCGUGAGAAUAACAUCGGUUCGGUGUAUAAAAAUAUCGGCGAGUAUUCAAAAGCACUUCCAUUUUACGAACAAUCACUUCAAAUCCAGAAAAUAGCUCUCUCUCCGAAUCAUCCUGCCAUCGCGCAGUCCUACAACAAUAUCGGCUCGGUGUAUCGAAGCAUGGCCGAGUAUUCAAAAGCACUUUCAUCCUAUGAACAAUCACUGGAAAUCCGGAAAAAAGCUCUUCCUUCGAAUCAUCCUGACCUUGCACAAUCCUACAACAACAUCGGUUCGGUUUAUCGAAACAUGGGCGAAUAUUCAAAAGCACUUGCAUCUUAUGAACAAGCACUUGAAAUCCAGGAAAUAGCUCUCCCUCAGAAUCAUCCAUCGUUGGCUGUUACCUACAACAACAUUGGUUUGGUGUAUAAUUACAUGGGCGCGUAUUCAAAAGCACUUUCAUAUUACGAAAAAGAUCUGGAGAUCAGCCAGAAAACUCUUCCUCCGAAUCAUCACGAGUUGGCUACUUCUUACAACAACAUCGGUGGGAUGUAUGAUAGCAUGGGCGAGUAUUCAAAAGCACUUUCAUCCUACGAACAAUCACUCGCAAUAUAUAAGAUAGCUCUCCCUCCGAAUCAUCCUGACUUGGCUAUUUCCUAUAACAACAUCGGUAUGGUAUAUGAUAACAUGGGCGAGUAUUCAAAAGCACUUGCAUCCUACGAACAAUCACUUGAAAUACGGAAAAUAGCUUUCCCUCCGAACCAUCCCUCGUUGGCUACUUCCUACAAUAACAUUGGUUUGGUAUAUCAUCACAUGGGCGAGUAUUCAAAAGCACUUUCAUCCUACGAACAAUCACUUGAAAUCAAGAAGAUAGCUCACUCACCGAAUCAUCCCUCGCUGGCUACCUCAUACGACAACAUCGGCAGGGUAUAUGAUAGCAUGGGCGAAUAUUCAAAAGCUCUUUCAUAUUAUGAAAAAGCUCUACAAAUACAUGAAAAGUCGCCUUCUCCAAAUCAUCCAGAUAUAGCAAGCGUGAAAAACAACAUUGAAUUGAUAAAAAAGAAAUUAUAA